CAUAUUAAAACACUUUUCUGUAAGCAGACUGGAAAUUCGGGUCAAACGCACCAGUAGAGUCUGAAUGGAAACGUGUUAACCCGCGAGCUGAUUUCAGAUUUGAUUUUUAAUACUCAAGGCACUGAGUAUAUUAAUAUAAUUUGCCUGAUUAAACUAACUUAGGAGUUUCAAGUUACGUUAAAGUUAGGCUAUUCUUACGCGCGGCACGUUAGCGUCUGUCAAUAUGGACGUGGACCCUGUUUCCGUUAGGAUGGACGCAGGCUCUGAUACUCCUUCUCCUGCCUUUCCAGUAGUUUUAAAGAAAAUCAUGGAGAUUCCGCCGCCGAAUCUUCUCGAAGGCGACGACGAAAGUGAUAAAGAGAAAGUCUUCGAGGAUGUGGACACUGGAGGGGUCAGCGGAAUGGGACCGUCGGCUGCCUUAACGCCUGCCAUCUGGGAAAAGACCAUUCCCUAUGAUGGCGAGACCUUCCAUCUGGAAUACAUGGAUCUGGAGGAGUUUCUGAUGGAGAAUGGGAUUCCUGUCGCAGAGGAUGAGGGUCAGCAAAAAAAUGUUGAGAAGGAAACCUUGCAGCUGCCAAAUGAAAAACCAUCCACAACUUCUACAAGCAAGACGGCCCCAGCGAUCUCUCUUAUGCCAGUCAUGGAACUGGAUCAGUGCGAGGAGGAAGUGGUCACAAUCAUGGCAUCCAGCUCUAGCUCAACAGACACCAAAUCAGGUCAGGCCGAAAAAACAGAACAUCCCAUCAGUCCAGAUGAUAUCGAGGUAGAGAUCCCCUAUGAACCGGACCCCACGUAUAUCGUUAAAUUUUUCUCAGAGGAGGAGCUGAAGCCUCAGCCUAUGAUCAAGAAAGCAAAGAAAGUGUUUGUGCCUGAGGAACAGAAGGACGAAAAAUACUGGCAGCGGAGGAAGAAGAAUAAUAUUGCGGCCAAACGUUCACGAGAUGCCAGGCGUCUAAAAGAGAACCAGAUCACAGUACGAGCAGCCUUUCUGGAGCGGGAGAACUCUGCACUGAGGCAGGAAGUGGCAGAGUUACGCAAGGACUUUGGGCGCUGCAAGAACGUUGUUGCACGCUAUGAAGCCAAAUACGGCCCGCUUGCACCGGCUGAAGACCUUUAAACAGUUAUUGAUUUAUUUGCAUUUUUAAAAGGCAAUAAAUUAAUAAUGGUGUGGAAUGAAGAGGAGAAAACGGGAGAUAAGUGAAUGAAUGGUUCAAACUGUAGAGCUUAAGUAAUAUUCAUACUCUUGAAAAAUCAACCACUCUUAUCAACAUACCCCCUUCAGUGCAAAAGCACACACAUGUAUAUCCAAUAGUGCUUUUUUUUUGUACUCCGCCAGGGUAAAAGAGAUCUUCCCUCACUUGUUGUUGUUUCAUGACAGGUUUUAUAAUAUGUAGAUAGUUUUUAGGAAAUAGCGUACAUUGAAAGUCACUGGUUUUUAUUUGUUUAUGAAUGACUGCCGUUGACUUCAUUAUACUUUCUUAUGUAUCUUCAGUAUCUUUGACUUCUCGCAGAAAUUUUAUUAAAAAAUAUAUAUAUAUAUAUUUCCUUUUGGCAAACUUGGUACGAUGUGCCACUAAGUGGUGCAAUUCGUCUUCAAAGUAGAAAUAAAACGCUUAUUAUUAUUAUUAUUAUUAUUAUUGAAAUACGGGGAGUAUGUAUCGCAUAUUUUAUGUGUCAUUACAGAUAACUAAAAAACUGGAGGAGAAAAAACUGUAAACGCAGAAAUUGUGAAUUUGUUUUUGUGCUUCAAGAAAUGUAAAUGUUUUGGAAUUCAGCUGAAAAUGUACUGAAAAUAUGUGCUCUGUAUAGCUGCAAAACUUAUUUACAUAGUGUCUCUGUUAAUAACUCAGUAGAUCUUCUAUUAUCGUAUCUUGUUUACUUCACCAUGGUAGUUUGCCCUUUCUGGGAGCCAUGGAGGUCAGUUUAAGUACAGAAAUAUCACUGUAUGUGUGACAGGUCUUAUAUCUGCUUAGGACUUUUUUCAUAUGUAUCAUAUGAUAUAUAUUUUUUCAGACAAUUAAAUACUUUAAAAAAAGGCUUUGCCGUGUGAACCACACCCUUCAAAGCUCAGAGUCGAUAUGAAUCCGUAAGUGUCUUCAGAGCGCCCCUUUAUAAAAGUGCGCUAGUUACAUAUCAGAAACUCCAAACUUCUCGUGAGGGCUUCAGCCCCCUGCUUGCCGCUUUCUUGCUGCAUUUCAGUCUCAUAUUUUGUGCCGUUUGUCAUUUUGAAACCUAUAUCACCAGGAAAGAAAACACAUAAAGGGUCAAUUUACAAGGUUUACAAACAGUCAGUACUCUCCAUUCAUAGUGUGAAGUGGAAUUAAGAUGUUUUAAUUUUGCGAAAUUCACACGUGAACAUAUUUGUCGUUUUUCAGGUGUUUUGUUGAAAGGGAAUCUGAUAUGUAAUGCAAUCUUGACCAAAGCGAACUCUGAAAAACAUAUUUUCUUUAGCUAGUACGGAAAGACUCCACUUAAAUCAGGUGUUUAAACUUUGAAUAUUUGUGUUAUGUCUGCACUUUUUUUUUUUAUAAGUGCACCUACGGUCUGUCAUUUCUCCUUGAGCUUCCUUUCUGAUAAGUGUGAAAUGUGAGACGAGGGACAAGACAAUGGAAUAGAGUUGGAUGGCUGUUCUAGUUGCGAAGCAUUUCUUCUGUUGAACUAAAAGAAAACUCUCUUGCAUGUAUGAGAUGGCAACCUUGUUGGGAGUAACAAAUCUUAGUUUUUGUCAGAUUUGAAUGUUUUUAUAAUUAUUGUUUCUCUUUGUAAGUCUUGUAAACUUUUUUCGACUUGUAAAUGUUGUCUCAGCGUCUUGUCGUCAGAUGUUUCGUGUUGUACAUAUUAUUAAAGAAUUCAAAAAUG